CGCGAGUCGCAUCCUCGUGCCCAACAGUGAGACUUCGUCAAUGGCUUCGUCGGCGCAGAGUUAUCACAGUUCCGAUGAUUCCUCUACCAGAUAUCAUAGGUCCGAUGAUUCCUCUAUCAGAAAUAAAAACUAAAUCUGGGAGGUCCUCAUCUGGAAUAAGUAAUAAGUACUUGUUAGAAUGCGGCUCCGGCUGUUGCUGUGUCUGCUUAUUUUUGCAUCUUAAUGUGCAAAUCUGAUCCAGAACAAGACCCGUCUUGCAUGCGAAAACAAUAGUACAGCUUUUACGCAGGAGGAGCAGGAGAUUUCUGCUCCUUAAUCCUGAAUGGCAACUCCCGUAGUCUCGUCCCGUGUGGACAGAAUUCAAUCGGAGCACCAGAAGACGUCAUUAUACCAACUUACAUGACAGAUGUUUGUCUUUGUUAUGUAACCGCGUGAGGAGCUGCAGCUGCGUUAUAUAAUCCGCGCAUCACAAGUUGAAGUUGGCACGUAGUUUCCAAGAGGACCCAGACAUGUUUGCGAUGCAUAUCAUCGGAGCCAGAGUCCCUGGUGGUUCGACCCCCGCGCGAAGCGGAAAUCCCGAUACCGCGGUUUCUGCAACGAAACCACACGAGAGCCUCUACGGUGGUGAGCCUGUAGUAGAAGUGCCACCAUUUUCUACUUCAGCAAGAACAAAGCGGUGCCGGUGGUUUAGUCCUUCGUGCUCCGCAAACACAAACUUCUUGCCGCAGCCGCGCAGAGACGUGUUAUGAUCGGUGAAUUGAAAUAAGCCAACAAUAUUUUUUGCAGUUGCAUUAUUGAUACAAGAGAAUGAGAAAGACAAAGAACUUCAACAUCAACUUACUACAACCUAUGCGUCGCUACUCUCCAUACAAAUAAAAAACAUGAAUAAGCAAGUCAGCAGCCGUUUUUUCUGAUAUUGUAUGUACGAAAGCCAACCACAGCUUUACAUACUUUAUGGAGCUACUUACCACAGAAGGCACACAUUUUGUGCCCCCCGUCCUGUUUUAUGGCAUAGGAAAAAUAACUUUUGUUGUAGGGCCGAAAUAAAUGGGCCGCGGGUAUUUAUUGUGCCGGUUCAUGUCGAUGAAUCGAAGAACGAAAAACUACAAACCAGCAGUGAAGACGUCGUGGAAAAACGCAUAUGGCAAAGACGUUCACCCCCCAAGAGAAAUUCAAAUGCAUCUUUUGCAGUUUUGGCAUACCUUUUGAAAGAUACUUCUCGCUUCUGUGCGCAGCGCUAAACGCUAUUACCCCGCUCCAUCUUUAAUGUUUCACGAAGCAAGUAGAAUCCAUGCGGUGUUUUUCUUAUUUUCAAUUUCCACCAACUGUGAGACCUCCCGAAGCUGAACGA